CUCUGGUGGACAGUUGCCCAUGCAUGGGACACCUCACUCAUUUACGCCCAUGUACAGGCCUCGUGGAGUCCGAAUCUAAAAGACACCUAGUCCAUCUAAAGUAGCUAGUCCAAAUUGUUGUGAGAGUUUGUCAUUAUGUUCCUGUGUAAAAGAAAACCAAGAAUAUCGCCUAUCUGCUGGGAGAGCAUGCCAUAGAACCAUGAGACCGCUGCCAAUGUUGAACCUUAGACAAGCCUUCACACUGACUGUCUUUGUUUCAUUCCUCAUGCCGUUGUACUUUGUGAUCUAUCGAUACCAUAAUGAGAGGGUUGACUAUCAACACCAAGCACCAAUCUUCACUGGUGCUGUCAAUGGAUCUAUUCGUCACUACAAAUCUUUGCUGGGUGAUGAUCAGCCAGUGACGCUCCGAUGUUCAUCUUGCGCUUUGGUGUCAAGCUCGGGUUACCUCCUGGACAAGGGAGCCGGGCAGGCUAUCGAGGGACACCCCUGCGUUAUCAGAAUGAACUCUGCCCCGGUCAAAGGGUACGAAAAAGACGUCGGUAACCGCACAACGGUACGAGUGAUGAACUUCAUGGAUGGUGUGCGGGCUGAUCGAUUGCCUCCAGAGGGGAGUGAUGUGCUCGUCUGGGGACUGUUCAGAAGGGAGAGCUAUUUAUCAAAAGUGAAAGAAACGGUCAAGAGACUCAGACCAGGGAUAUUUAUCCACGCUCAGACGUACGAAGGAGAGAAGGAGGCUGAGGAUUUGUUUAAUUCUGAAACGGGAACAUCGCUGCGUACAACCAAAUCCUGGUUGUCCACCGGUUGGUUUGCAAUGAUGGUAGCUAUUGAUAUAUGUACAGAAGUUCAUGUGUACGGCAUGGUAUCGUCCAACUACUGUGCGAGCAAGCCAGAGAAGGAUUGCCCGUACUAUUAUUAUAGAACCCCACACAUAAAAGAGUGUUCAACUUACAACGGUGCGGAGAGGAACAAAGGUGGGGGACAUCGCUUCAUUACAGAGAAAGCCAUCUUUGCACGAUGGGGCUCUCGAUAUAACAUCGAAUUCCACUACCCAAGCUGGACGAUAAACAAGGACAAGUCUGGUCACCAAUUGGAUUCACCGUUUGUUCGAAUCUUAGCAUGAGGGAAAUCUCAGAUUUUGGAUUAUUUUCCCAGUCCGCACACAGAUAAAAUGUCAUUGGUAGUCCAUUCUGUAUCAUUUUUUCCGUCUUGAACACAGAUGUCAAUAAAAGUCUGCAUUUACGACAGAUCAGAUAACAGUAAA